AGACCGGGUUGGAAGUUGUGGGGGUUAGGCGACGGAGGUCAGAGCCUAGGAAGAUCUGGGGUUCGCCUUGCCAGCCUCCAGUCCUCCACCGGCGGCGGCGGAGCCCGAGAGAACUAGGUGAACACCGCCUUGCCAGCCUCACACAGCGUCCCCUGGCUCUGCCGCCGCUCCGGACGUCGCCCUCCUGUUCUCCUUGGGUCCCCUUAGUCGCUACCUUUGCUGGGAUCCCCCUCCUCUAUCUCGUGGCUUCGGGUUGCCGGAGAGCGAUGCUCGGAGGGCGGCCGGAAGUGGCGUUGGCCGCCAUUGGCCCGCUGGCCAGCCACCUCGCUGUGCUCUGCCGCCUUCCGGGUGUUACGUGCAGCCGGGCUCGGCCCCUCCCCCUGGCCGGAUGGAUCCGUCGGCGCCACAGCCCCGCGCGGAAACCGCAGGCAAAGACAUAUGGCAUCCAGGAGAAAGAUGUCUUGCCCCUUUUCCAGAUAAUGGAAAACUUUGUGAAGCAAGCAUAAAAUCUAUCACAGCGGAUGAAAAUGGCAAGUCAUUUGCAGUCGUCUUAUAUUCAGAUUUUCAAGAAAGGAAAAUACCUCUUAAACAGCUUCAAGAAGUAAAAUUUGUUAAAGAUUGCCCUAGGAGUCUUAUAUUUGAUGAUGAAGAUUUGGAAAAACCUUAUUUCCCAAACCGAAAAUUUCCAUCAUCUUCUGUUGCUUUUAAAUUAUCUGACGAUGGAGACUCUAUUCCUUAUACCAUCAAUAGGUAUUUGAGAGACUACCAAAGAGAAGGAGCCCGGUUUCUUUAUGGACACUACAUCCAUGGAAGAGGGUGCAUUCUGGGUGAUGACAUGGGACUUGGAAAAACAGUACAGGUUAUUUCAUUUCUGGCUGCAGUUUUGCAUAAAAAGGGAACUCGUGAGGAUAUUGAAAAUAACAUGCCAGAGUUUUUACUAAGAAGUAUGAAAAAGGAACCCCCUUCUUCUACAGCAAAAAAGAUGUUCUUAAUAGUUGCUCCUCUUUCUGUCCUCUACAACUGGAAGGAUGAAUUGGACACCUGGGGAUAUUUCAGAGUCACUAUUUUACAUGGAAACAGAAAAGAUAAUGAAUUAAUUCGUGUAAAGCAGAGGAAAUGUGAAAUUGCUUUAACAACUUAUGAAACACUGCGCUUAUGCCUGGAUGAACUUAACAGUUUGGAAUGGUCAGCUGUCAUUGUGGAUGAAGCUCAUAGAAUCAAGAAUCCAAAAGCUAGAGUAACAGAAGUUAUGAAAGCUUUGAAAUGUAGUGUCCGCAUUGGCCUCACUGGAACCAUCCUUCAGAACAACACGAAGGAACUGUGGUGUGUUAUGGACUGGGCUGUGCCAGGCCUUUUAGGGAGCAGGACCUACUUCAAGAAGCAGUUUUCUGACCCAGUAGAACAAGGUCAGAGACACACGGCAACAAAGAGAGAACUAGCCACUGGCCGAAAGGCCAUGCAAAGACUUGCCAAAAAGAUGUCUGGCUGGUUUCUCAGGCGCACCAAGACUCUUAUCAAGGAUCAGUUGCCUAAGAAGGAAGACCGGAUGGUGUAUUGUUCUUUGACAGAUUUCCAGAAAGCUGUCUAUCAAACAGUGUUAGAAACAGAGGACGUGACUUUGAUACUUCAAUCUUCUGAGCCUUGUACCUGUAGGAGUGGCCGAAAAAGGAGAAAUUGUUGUUAUAAGACCAAUUCUCAUGGUGAAACAGUGAAAACCUUGUAUCUCAGUUACCUUACAGUCCUUCAGAAGGUAGCUAACCAUGUCGCGCUACUACAAGCUGCUAGUACUUCCAAACAACAGGAAACACUUAUCAAAAGGAUAUGUGAUCAGGUAUUUUCCAGAUUCCCAGAUUUUGUGCAGAAAAGCAAAGAUGCAGCCUUUGAAACACUUUCUGACCCUAAAUACAGUGGAAAAAUGAAGGUCCUUCAGCAGCUUUUAAAUCAUUGCAGGAAAAACAGAGAUAAAGUUCUUCUCUUUUCUUUUUCCACCAAGUUGCUUGAUGUGCUACAGCAGUACUGUAUGGCGUCUGGGCUUGAUUACCGACGGCUUGAUGGAAGUACAAAAUCAGAGGAAAGACUCAAGAUUGUAAAAGAGUUCAACAGUACACAAGAUGUUAACAUUUGCCUUGUCUCUACAAUGGCUGGUGGACUAGGCCUCAAUUUUGUCGGUGCCAAUGUUGUUGUAUUAUUUGAUCCUACUUGGAAUCCAGCCAAUGAUCUUCAAGCCAUUGACAGAGCAUAUAGGAUUGGACAAUGUAGAGAUGUCAAAGUGCUUAGGCUGAUAUCCUUGGGAACUGUGGAGGAAAUCAUGUAUUUACGACAGAUAUACAAGCAGCAACUUCACUGUGUGGUGGUUGGAAGUGAAAAUGCCAAACGAUAUUUUGAAGCAGUUCAAGGAUCUAAAGAGCAUCAAGGAGAGCUUUUUGGGAUCCAUAACCUCUUCAAAUUUAGGUCCCAAGGGUCUUGUCUUACGAAGGACAUCCUGGAGAGAGAAGGCCAAGUGGAAGCAGGGAUCAUGACAGCCACAACAUGGUUGAAAGAGGGACCUCCAGCACACAAACUAGAACUGCCUAGAGAGCCUGACUGUCAGGAAUGCAGAGGUCCAGAACAAGCUGCAGAGCCACUGGCAAAGGAAGCAUGUGAUCUCUGCAGCGACUUCAGUGAUGAGGAGCCAGUGGGAGCCACAGGAGUAAAGACUGCCAAAAACAAAGCACCCGAUUCAAGUAAAGCUUCCAGCUCUCCAGGACAGCUUACCUUACUGCAGUGUGGUUUCUCAAAAUUGCUUGAAACAAAAUGUAAAGCAGUUGAGGACAGUGACGGAAAUACUGCCUCUGAUGAUGAAAGUUCUGAUGAGCAGCCCACAUGCCUUUCAACAGAAGCCAAAGAUGCUGGUUGUGAGAAAAAUCAGGACUCCCUUGGUACUUCAAAACAUCAGAAAUUAGAUAACAUCCUAAAUCUAAAAGAAAAGCAUAUGUUUUAUAAAAGUGAGAAGAUUUUAGAACAGAAAAUUUCUUCUAAGUCUGAUGAGAAAAAAAUUAAAAAUACAGAUAAACAUUGCAUUUUACAGAAUGUCACAGAAUCAGAAGAUAGUGAUGUCAUCUGUCCUACGCAAUACACAACUGAGAGAUUCCCCGACAAUAGUAUAAGGUUUAAGCCACCCUUGGAGGGAUCUGAGGAUUCUGAAAGAGAACACUCUGUAAAGACAAGAAAUAAUGAUAAUGGUCGAAACACUGAUGACAAAAGAAAUGGAAUAAUUUCAAAAAAGUUAAGUCCUGAGAAUACAACCCUGAAAUCUGUUGUGAAAAGAAAAGGCACCAGUGAUAUCAGUGAUGAAUCUGAUGACAUUGAAAUUUCUUCCGAGUCAAGAGCAAGAAAGAGAGCUACUAGUUCAUUGAGGUUUAAGAGAAUAAAAGAAACCAAAAGAGAACUUCACAAUUCUCCCCAAACAGUGAACAAAACAAACCAAGUGUGUGCAGCAAAUGAGGAUCAUAACUCUCAGUAUAUUGAUGAUUAUUCAUCCUCAGAUGAGAGUUUAUCCGUCAGCCACUUCAGUUUCUCUAAACAGAGCCAUAGACCAAGAACUAUAAGAGACAGAAACAGUUUUUCUUCAAAAUUGCCUAGCCAUAAUAAGAAAAAUAGCACUUUUAUUCCAAGAAAACCAAUGAAAUGUUCAAAUGAGAAAGUUGUCAAUCAAGAGCAGUCAUAUGAAUCAGUGGAUAAAUUUUUAGAUGGCGUUCAGGAAGUGGCUUAUAUUCACUCAAACCAGAAUGUGAUUGGAUCGAGCAAAGCUGAAAAUCACAUGAGCCGAUGGGCGGCACAUGACGUAUUUGAGUUGAAGCAGUUUUCCCAGCUGCCUGCUAACAUAGCUGUUUGCAGUUCUAAGACAUAUAAAGAAAAAGUGGAUGCAGAUAUAUUGCCACACACAAAGAAAGGCCAGCAACUGAGUGAAGGCAGCAUUUCACUUCCUCUUUACAUUUCAAAUCCUGUAAACCAGAAGAAGAAAAAAGUCUACCAUACAAACCAGACCACCUUCAUAAUUGGAGAAACACCAAAAGGAAUCCGCAGAAAACAAUUUGAAGAAAUGGCCUCUUAUUUUAACUCGCCUUCUGUAAACGAAUUUGCUAAACAUAUAACCAAUGCCACAUCAGAAGAACGACAGAAAAUGCUAAGAGACUUUUAUGCUUCUCAAUAUCCAGAGGUGAAAGAAUUUUUUGUGGAUUCUGUGUCAGAAUUCAACAAUUCUUCCUUUGAGAAAGGAGGGAAGAAAUCUGAAAAAAGAGAAUCUCUUAUAAAAGCAAGGCUGUCAGAUUCUGAAACCUUGUCAUUUAAAGAUUCUACCAACAAAAUUUCUCAAGUUUGCAGCCUAAAAACAUAUAAAAGAAAAUCAGUUAAGUUUCAGAAUCAUAGUUCCUGUAGAGAAGAGGUGUUUUUUAAUGAUGCAGAAACUAAGAAAUCACCUGUUAGUUCUACUCAAGAGAUUGACAGUGAGAAAAACAGCCAAGCAUCCGAAGAUACUGUGACAUCCCGUUCUCUGAACAGUGAGUCUGAAACACGUGAGAGAAGGUUAGAAAAUACCAUGAAAGACCAACAGGACCUCACAAGAAUGGGCAUUUCAAGAAAAGAACCCCUCCUCAAAUUGGAAAACAAAAAGAUAGGAAAUCCAGUGCUGGAAAAUACUUCUGUGAUAAGCUUACUUGGUGAUACCUCUAUUCUUGAUGACCUUUUUAAAAGUCAUGGGAACAGUCCCACACAACUGCCAAAGAAAGUUCUUUCAGGGCCCAUGGAAAAAGCAAAACAGAGACCAAAAGAUUUCUGGGACAUCUUGAAUGAGCAGAAUGAUGAGAGUCUUAGUAAACUCACAGACUUGGCAGUAAUAGAGACUCUGUGUGAAAAAGCACCUCUAGCAGCACCCUCCAAAAGAAGAGAAAAGCCAGCAACUUCUCUUUGGAAAUCAAAUGAGAAAUUUUUAUGGAAGAAAUUUAGCCCAAGUGAUACAGAUGAAAACACAACUAAUACACAGAGUACCACAUAAGCAUAUAAAUGAAUUACUGCACCAGUGAACUGCAACCAUCACUGUUUACGGCACUGUUUUCCACACUGAUUCUGUUAUCUUGAACACAGUUGUUGACAUAUAUUUUUAUUAAAUUAUUGCUUUAGGAUUUUUUUGAAGUCUAAAGUAUUAUCAUGGAUCUGUUUUUCUUGAUAUUUGAUUUGAUCUUUCAAGAAUAUGAUUGUAUUUAUAGUAUAAACCUCUGUUAUGAAUUAGAAAAGAUUCUAGGUUUGUUAGUAGGAGACCUGGGACAUCUUUCUUACUGUAUUACAUAAUGAUGUGACACUUGCCCUGGUGAGCAUUGUUUCCCAGUGUGAAAGAUGAAGAGUCUGAACCAAAUCAGCAGAGUGUCCUUCCAGUUUAAAAAAGCUUUGCUUCGCUCUCCUAAUGGCUCAUAGGCUGAAUCAUGUCUGCCCCUCAAAUCAGAUGUACAGCAAUGUGUUUUUUACUAGCACUUGGGAAAGUUAUUAAGUAUUUUCUUUUUCCCUGGGUAUCAUGUUCUAUUAUUAUUUUAGAAAAAAGUCAUAACUAGUACUGAAUAUAUGGUAUAUAUAAUAUUAAAAUGGUAAUUUUGCAACAGCUCAAAAUUAAAAGGUUAAUGUUACACACUUUACUGUGUGAGCUGUAAUUACUACCAUUAACCACAGACACCAGUGCCUCAACUUUUUAUGUACCUAUUGUGAUUUAAUGUAAAUAAAGGUUUGUAUAGUACUUUCGUAGUUCUUAAGUAUGAAGAAAUGGGUAAACUUUGUAUUUUGUUAGAAACUGUUAUAUUUUGAAUGUAAUUUUUAUGGUUUAUAACAAAAUGAAUGUGCUCAUUGUUGAAUGCAUGUAUUUAGAAGCCUUUACUCAGCCCCUGUGUUCUGUGCUAGGAGCUUGAGCUAUACAGGUAAAGCAGAGCUACAGGUGAAUGAAAGGAAAUCAUGUCAGUGGAAAAUCAUGGUGGAAAGCCCCUGGCAUCACAUGUGCAUGCUGUAGGCAGGACCUGAGCUGUCUCCGCUGCAGGUUCAGAUGCACCACUGCAGCUGUCCUUCAGUUAGUUCACAGGGCUGCAAGAGGAGGACACAUCCCUCCAGAAAACAGCCUGAGCCAGGAACUGGCUGUGCUAAAGAGCACUGCUAUCGAGUUGAGGAGAGAGGGCUUCCGUGUACCCAGGAUGUGGAGUCAUUGCUCAGAAGUGAACAAAAAAUCAAAAACAAAAGUCUUCUCAAGGGACUGAUCGGCCAAGUAUGCUUUUCUUUAGAGCAAUGUUUUGCCCUAGAGAAUUGUAAAAUAUAUUUUAUGUCAUGACUCAGUACAUAUGUGUUCAUACAUAUAUGAUUGGAAUAAAAUGUUUAUGAAAUAUUUACUCAUAA